GCCAGAAGAGGGCGUCUGGCUUCGGAUCUCUUGGAACUGGAGUUAAUGACGGGUGCGAGCGCCACAUCAGGGCUGUGAAUCGGUCCUGGGUCCUCCGCAAAAGCAGCAUGUGCUCUUAAUUGCUGAGCUAUUUUUCUGGCCUCUUAAAUUUUUUAAAUGUGGGUUGCAAUCCACUAAAUUGUGUCGAUAACUCCUUUUGGGUAAUUUCAUAAAAGAACUGUUGGGAAACAAAAUUAUUAAUUAUGACAGCUACUAAUAAGAGCAACCGUUGAUGGUUUGACUCGCCUAAGAGGAGACAGUGCAGCCCCCGGCCUCAGGUCGGCUCGGGCCGGGAAAGCCUGCCUCCUUCCCUAAGGUUAGGCAAAGAAAGCCGGAACUGGAGGCUCAGGCGGUGACGUACACUUCCGGUUUGGUGGCCUUAACGCGCGCCCGCGCGCGGCUGUCGUGAGGACCCGGGGUCGUUAGGCGCGGUGGCCCCAGCCCUCCAGAGUGCCAUGAGGUCGGUUAGCUACGUGCAGCGCGUGGCGCUGGACUUCAGCGGGAGCCUUUUCCCGCACGCCAUCUGCCUCGGAGACGUCGAUAACGACGCGUUAAAUGAACUAGUAGUGGGAGACACCAGUGGAAAACUGUCUGUGUAUAAGAACGAUGACAGCCGGCCGUGGCUCACCUGCUCCUGCCAGGGAAUGUUGACUUGUGUUGGGGUCGGAGACGUGUGUAAUAAAGGAAAGAACCUGGUGGUGGCUGUCAGCGCAGAGGGCUGGCUUCACUUAUUUGACCUGACAUCCACCAAGGCUCUGGAUGCUUCUGGGCACCAUGAGACUCUUGGAGAAGAACAGCGUCCUGUCUUCAAGCAGCACAUCCCAGCCAACACCAAGGUCAUGCUGAUCAGCGACAUCGAUGGAGAUGGGUGUUACGAGCUGGUGGUAGGCUACACAGACCGUGUGGUACGGGCCUUCCGCUGGGAAGAGCUGGCUGAGGGGCCUGAACACCUGACAGGGCAACUGGUGUCCCUCAAGAAGUGGAUGCUGGAGGGUCAGGUCGACAGUCUCUCUGUGACCCCAGGGCCUCUGGGUGUGCCUGAGCUGGUUGUGUCACAGCCAGGGUGUGCUUACGCAGUUCUGCUGUGUACCUGGAACAAGGAUGCUGGCUCCCCUCCCGCCUCUGAGGAGGCCACAGGAGACAGUAGGGAAACCCCAGCUGCCCGAGACAUAGUGCUGCACCAGACAUCUGGCCGGAUCCACAACAAGAACGUUUCCACUCACCUAAUUGGCAACAUCAAACAAGGUCAUAGCCCUGAAACUGGUAACUCAGGUCUCUUUGCCCUGUGCACCCUAGAUGGGACGCUGAAGCUGAUGCAGGAAGCAGAUAAGCUCUUGUGGUCAGUACAGGUGGAUCACCAGCUCUUUGCCCUGGAGAAGCUGGAUGUCACGGACAAUGGGCUUGAGGAGGUGGUAGCGUGUGCCUGGGAUGGGCAAACAUAUAUCAUCGAUCACAACCGCACCGUCGUCCGCUUCCAGGUGGAUGAAAAUAUCCGUGCCUUCUGUGCAGGCCAGUAUGCUUGCAAAGAGGGCCGCAACAGCCCCUGCUUGGUAUACGUCACUUUCAAUCAGAAGAUCUAUGUGUACUGGGAUGUGCAGCUGGAGCGGAUGGAGUCCACUAAUCUGCUGAAGCUGCUGGAGGCUGAGCCUGAGUACCACAGCCUCCUGCAGGAGCUGGGUGUGGAUCCUGAUGAUCUCCCUGCAGUCCGUGCCCUGCUUCACCAGACUCUCUACCAUCCGGACCAACCGCCACAGCGUACCCCCUCAAGCUCCCAGGAUCCCACCUAGCUGGACUUGGCCACUUAGCUGAUGAAGGAUCCUUCUGAGCCCCCACCCUACCCCCAAAGUGAUCCAUGAUCUUGGCUGGAUGGGGAGUGCAUAUUACGAAGGAGCAGGACCUGGUUCUCGGCAUGGACGGAUGGUGGCACCCCUGAGAGCCUUUGAUGACAUGACGAGAGCCUCUGAUGGGUGCCCCGGCUCCCUGUGCUUCCCUCCCCACUUUCUUACUCUGAUUGCAGAAAACAGGCUUGUUUGUGAGAAGAGGCAGCAAACCUUUCCCAUGGUGCCAAUACCCGAAAGGGCACCAGGCUUCAGGCCUGAAGGACUGCGGGAGCAGUGGAUGAGCCCUCACCUCUCCCAGUCCCAGUGAGUGCCCAUUUUUGCAGCAGCUCCAGGCAGCUGACGUGAGUAAUCACUGCAGGAAUGGCAGAGUGUUUGUUCACAGUUCUGAACAGGCAUCCUUCAGGGCAUCUUGUCUUCCCUUCCUGUGUUCUUCAUUUACUGAAGCAACCAGGUCAGGGCUUUCUCACUUUGCUGCUCUCUCUCUCUCUCUCUUGUUUUGGUAGUAGUGGUGGUGGUUGGGUUGCUUUUUGUUUGUUUUUGUUAUUGUUGUUGUAUGUGCCUGUGUGUGUGCAGAGGUGGAGCCCAGGGCCUUGCACAUGCCAGCCAAGCACUCUGCUAUUCAGCUGCACUCCAGCCCUGCCAUAUUAUAAAAUUGUUUUUUUGUUUCUGUAUUUUUGUUGUUGUUGUUUUGGUUUGGUUUUUCAAGACAGGGUCUCUCUGUAGCUUUGGAACCUGUCCUGGAACUCUCUCUGUAGACCAGGCUGGCCUCAAACUCAGAGAUCCGCCUGCCUCUGCUUCUUGAGUGCUGGGAUUAAAGGCGUGUGCCACCACCUCCCAGGUCCAAGCCUUUGACAGAUUGUGGCUAGAGUUUAUGUGUGUGAUGUGUUCGCGGAUACAUUUUACCCUUGCACACCUGGGUAAUGGAGUAUGGAAACCAAAAGAGGAUGUCCAGUCUCCCACAUUCUUUCUCUCCACUUUGUUCCCUUGAGACAGGGUCUCUCUCUGGACCUGAGGCUUUCUGCUUCAUCUAGCCAGCUGAUCAGUAAGACAACUGUUUGCCUGUGUCUGCACCGCACAGUGCUGGGCUCACAAGCAUCUGAGCAGUAUAUAUAUAUAUAAUUUAUUUUUGUUUUAUGCUCAUUUGUCUUUUGCCUGCAUGCGUGUAUGUUGAUGUGAGGGCAUCAGAAGCCUUGGAACUGGAAUCACAGGCAGGUAUGAGCUGCCAUGUGGGUGGUGGGAAUGGAACCCUUUUUCAUGGGUCUUGGCUUUGAAUCCAGGUUCCCAUGCUUGCAUGGAAGUGCUCUUCUCUUUCCCACUAAGGCAUCUCCCCGGCCCUCAGGGCUUUUGAACUAAGUGAAAUGGAGUAAAAUAAAAUGGAGAACGUCAGAUCCUUUGUUCACAA